UGACGGCGGUUUUGUGUAGGAUCGUGCAGUAAUCGUUCAUCAUCACCUUCCCCGUGAGAGCAGAGUCGAUUCAUAUUUGUUACUGGAAACCUAAUCAAAGGUUGCUGAACUUUUGGUAUUAUCAAAUGAGGGCUGCUAUGCUUUCAGAGCUCGACGAUGAGAUUGUCCGCAGCAUGACGAUCGGAGCUGUUUUCUCCGACUUCAAUGGGAUGAUAACCUCCAUUGAUUUUCAUCGUACUGCUGACUUAUUGAUUACUGCCUGCGAGGAUGACUCGGUGCGGUUAUAUGAUAUUGCUAAUGCAAAGCUGCUGAAGACAACUUAUCACAAGAAACAUGGUGCUGAUCGGAUAUGCUUUACCCACCACCCAAGUUCAGUUAUAUGCUCUUCAAGAUACAAUUUAGACUCGAAUGGAGAUUCAUUAAGGUAUCUGUCUAUGUACGAUAACCGAUGUCUCCGUUACUUUAAGGGUCAUAAAGAAAGAGUAGUUUCACUCUGCAUGUCACCAGUCAAUGAUAGCUUCAUGUCUGGUUCUCUGGAUCACUCUGUCAGAAUAUGGGAUCUUCGUGUGAACGCAUGUCAGGGUAUUUUAAGACUGCGAGGUAGGCCUGCAGUUGCAUACGACCAACAAGGCCUUGUUUUUGCAGUGGCUAUGGAAGGCGGUGCCAUCAAAUUGUUUGACUCACGAUCCUAUGACAAGGGGCCAUUUGAUACAUUUUUAGUGGGCGGAGAUAUGUCUGAGGUCUGUGACAUUAAGUUUAGUAAUGAUGGAAAAUCAGUGCUUUUGACAACUACAAGGAACAGUAUCUAUGUUCUUGAUGCAUAUGGAGGGGAUAAGCGUUGUUCCUUCAACUUGGAUCCUUCUCCAAAUACCCCAAUUGAGGCAACUUUUACACCUGAUGGAAAAUAUAUCCUCUCAGGUUCCGGAGAUGGAAAUCUUUAUGCCUGGAACAUCUCCUCUGCAAAUAAGGUGUCAAACUGGGACAGCGAAAUUGGCGCAACUUCCUGCUUGAAAUGGGCACCUAGAAGAGCAAUGUUUGUCACUGCAUCCUCAGUUCUCAACUUUUGGAUACCCAAUGGCGGUUCAGAUUCGGAUAACUUUGCUACUGCUGAUCUAGUUGAGAAGAAUGUUCCUUGAACAUCCGAUUUUUAUGUAACUUGUAAUGUUGUUCACAUUAUUUUUUUUCUUUACUUUUUAUAUAUGCUUCAACAGAUUAAUUAGCAUAUAGAUUUUGUUAGAAACCAUGUUUACAUUUUAUUCACUGAUUGGUAACCAACACCAUCACAUAAAAUACAUAAUAAACCUGUAGAAUGACA